AUGUAAAAAUUAAGUUAUUUAUCAAUUGCUUCACUGCCUAAUUAAUGCUUUUUUAUUACUGGAGGAGUAGACUUAGAAGAGCAAAUUAUAUAUCCUAAUUUUACUGGAGGAAGGAUAUAUGGAGAUGAUUAAUCAUCAGUGUUGAGCUGUUGUGAAACUUAUGAUUUUACUUUAAAAAAAUGGUAGUUUAUAUCUCAACUCAAUAUACCUAGAUUUUCUCAAGGAAUGAUAUAAGUGAAUGGUAAAAUAUAUGUUUUUGGUGGCAAUGAUGGUAAAGAAGACCUUUGCUCUUUUGAGAUAUUUAAUUAAGAUACAUUAAAAUGGGAUUUAAUUAUUCUUGAAAAUAGUUUUAUUAAGAUAAGAGACCCGUAUUUAAUUACUGAAGAUAAUUAAAAUGUAAUUAUACUUAGUAUGUAUAAUGAUGAUAAUGACAGUGAAAAUGAAGCAGAUGAAGAUUAAGAUAUUAAGUUUAACUAGUUAUAAUUGAAUUAAAGCAUAUGGAAAAUUAAUUUAUAAAAUCAUAAAUUGUAAGAAAUAGGGUAUUUAGAAAUUUAAGAGUAUGGGAAAAACAUUAUUUAUUUUAAUAUUUAUGAAAAGUAAAUAAAUAUUUUGAAUCAUAGUAAUAAAAAUAUAUUAUUACAGACAUUAUCUGACAUAAAUAUAUUUAAUACAAAUUGUAUAAAAUUACCUUAAGAACUUAAUGGGAAGUCUUUGAUGAGAUAUGCAACAAGUUAAAGAUAUUUUGAAAUGGAUGCAGGGGUAAAAAAUUUUUAUCCGAUUGAAGUUUGUAAAGACAUCUUACAAAUAUUUGAUGAAAAUAGAUCUUAAAUCUUAAAAUCAGUAAAACUUGAUAAAAUUUUAGAUGAAAUCAUUCAAAUAGUUGAAUUAACUUGUGGAAAAGUUUAUUUGCUAUUAUUUAAUGUGCUUGAAUUUAGUAUUGAGAUAGUGAUUUAGAUAGAAGACGAUAUUUCAAGUUAGGUAGGAAUUUCUUCACAGCCUUUAGUCAGUUAAUUUACUGUUAAAAAUUCUGAAGAGUUUCUCUGUCUUUUAGAGAAAUAAAAUUUUAUUUAAACAAAAUGUUUACAAAAUAUAAGUUAACUUAAUAAUUUCAUUGAAAAAACAAAUUAAAUAUAUGAUAAAACUCCAAAUUAAUGCUUUUAAAUUUCAAGAGGUUAUCUUAAGGAUUAAGACAUUAUAUUAAAUGAAUAUUAAAUUAAUCUAAAUAGAGAUUUAUGCAAUUUUGAUGAUUAUUAUUAUGUUUUUGUGAUUACAGAUUAAGGAGAAUAUAAAGUAUUGACAUAUUCUGUUAGCUGCCAAUAUUUUAGUUUAUUGAACGUUAAUUAAUAGUAAUAUUAACAUAUUAAUCAUUUCAAAAACUCUAAGAGUGACGAUUAGAUUAAAGCUGGAAAAAUUUAAUUUCCCUGUUUUUACAGGUAAUGUAAGUGCAUUAAUAUUCGCAGUUAAAAAAUAUUGCUGGUAGGUGGGAUUGAGGAGAAAUCAAUUACUGGGAAUGCAGUUAAAAAGGUUAUAAUUUAUGACACUAAUAGUUAAUAAUUUUCUUAUGUUCAAGAUAUGAACCAGCCUAGAGUAAAUCAUUAGUUGGUUGUUCAAAAUAAUUAUAUUCUAGCUAUUGCAGGAAGAACAAACUUUCACCAAAAUAUAGCAUUACAAACAGUUGAAAGAUACAAUUACUUAGAAGAUAAAUGGGAAUUCACAUCACCAAUUAACUAACCAAGAUAUAAUUUUGCAGCUUGUAAUGUAAAUUAAAAAAUUUAUAUCAGUGGAGGAACUCACAACUAAGAUCUAUUAGAUUCAAUCGAAGUGUUUGAAGGGUAAGAUUGGAAAAUACUACCUGUUAAAUUACCUAGUAAGAUGGAGGGACUGAGUAUGAUAACCUAAAAUUUUUAUGAAAUUGUUAUAUUAGGUGGUCAAAAGAUUAAAAAAUCAAAGCAGAUAUACAUUCUAAAUGUAAAUGAUUUUAGCUUACACGAAUCAAAAUCAAAGUUGAAUACAGGAAGAUCACAUUUUCAUGCGUUUAAUUAUAAAAAUAAAAUUUUAUUGUUAGGUGGAAAAUAUAAUUUAGAGUUUGAUCUUGAGAAAAUCACAGGCAUUUUAAAUACUAACAUCCUGUAUAGUCAUUUGAUAAAAAGUGAUUUAAGUGAGUUUGGCGGAAGCCUAGCAAAUGGAAACUUUUUUAAUAAUAUAUCACAGCCAACACUCAAAGAAUCUGCAUUUCUUAAUAUAUUUGGUCAAUCUGGAGUAUAUUAUUUAAAUUUAAAGUCUCUUGAAUUAAAUCACAAACAACCAAUCGCUUUGUCAGGAAACAUUAUCUAAGAUUACUAAACAGCUAAAUAUUCUCAUGCUUGCAACAUAUUUGAUGGAAAAGUAUUUGUUAGUGGAGGAUUGAGCUAAAAUGACAAUCAAAUUGUAAAAGAUUGCUUUAUUUACUCUACUUUUACAAAUACCUUAGAAAAAGUAAGCAGCAUGAAUGAAUCAAGGUUUUUUCAUUGCUCAAUAUAUUCUACAGGUUUUGUCUAUGUAUUUGCUGGAAGGGGUUACAAAAAUUUGUAAAAGCAAGAUGAUGCAAAUUAUUCUUUUGAAGGAAGCUGCAAUGACCUCACAACAAUAUUAGAUAGUUGUGAAAAAUUUAAUUUAAAGAGCUAUCAAUGGGAAACACUACCUCGACUCAACUUUCCAAGAUAAUCAAGUGUAGCAUCAAUUUAUUAAAACAAGGUUUAUAUAAUUGGUGGUUCAAACGAAUAAAUCAAGGUCUAGUAAAUAGAAAGAUUAAAUGAAAAUACAGAUAGAUGGGAAAUAAUUUCUUUUUGUUUGAUAGAAGGGGUUGAAAGUUUUUCAUCAUUUUGGAUCUCUGAUUAAGAAUUUAUCAUUUUAGGAGGUGAGUAUGAUCAAAUUUCCUUUAAAAAUAGAGAGGAUAAAGAAGCUUAUGGAUCAAAAAAAAGCAGAUUAAAAGAAGGAGGCGAAAACGAACAACCUUAAGAAUAAGAUUAGUUCUGUGAUCAUAGUACUAUAAUAAUAUUAAAAAUGUAAAUCAUAAAUUUCUAAAGAGAAUUAACUACCUUAGAAUCUCCUUUAUUUUAGAUAGAAUAAGCUGGGAAUUAUUGUAAUGCUUCUAUUGGUAUUGAUAGGGUGCAAUUUAUAGAAAAUUUUAAACAUAUAAUUUAUUAUGCUCAACCCUCUUUAUAUAAAGUUGCUUACUGUGAUCAAUCAAUUUUAUUUGUACUAGAGAAUUAAGGGUUUACUUUAUCAACAGAUUAAAAAGAGCAUAACGAUUAGAAAUUUUAGCAUAAAUUUUUAGUAAAGAUGUCCAUUAAGCCACCAUACUAUUAUUUGAUCCCUAAGUCUAUCGAAGAAAGUGAAGAUUUUGCUCCAUAUCCUUUUACUUAAAGUUAUUGA